CAAAGCAAGAUGGGGGGUCUUGGGCUCCUCCCCCAAGCUUCGAAGCAACCGCAGGGCUGCCACAACUAUCUGGCAGUAAAAUUUGCCAGAAUAGUUAUCAAGUAUUUGAAGUGUUUGUUAAAAGCAACCAUGACGUCCUUACUAAGGAGGAUAGAAGAUGAUAAUAUGACAGAGACUUUGGUAGACAACGCAGAAGACAACUUGGAAACACAAGCUCUAUCCAAUGAUCAUCUCUUUACAGCAGAUGAUAGUCAAGAGUCCUAUGAUUCAUCAUCAAGUGCCUGCCGACGAAGAGCAGCAAGUAUAGAAUGGCCACCCCGUAAACAACCUCGAACUGUAGAAACAGUGCAAGUGGGUUGUCUUAACGUUAUUUCUGGGAAAUAUGAGAGCUUAGAUUAUGACAUACCUGACAGCGAUCUUCUAUUAGAUGAAGAACGCAACAGUGGUUUCAAAUAUGAGACUAAAAAAAAUAUAACUAGAUGGCUAGUGUUUAUGUUAAUUGGCGUCUUUACUGCUGGAAUUGGUGUCUUUCUGGACAUAGCCAUUGACCAACUGUCAGAAAUCAAGUAUGAAACUCUCAAACACUAUGUUGAUACCUGUGUUAAAGAAAAUUGUUUAUAUUUGCCAUACUUGAUGUGGGUGGCUUUCAAUGUAUUUUUUGUACUUAUAAGCUCAUUGCUUGUUACAUAUGUUGAGCCUGUGGCAGCAGGAAGUGGUAUCCCUCAAGUCAAAUGUUAUUUGAACGGUGUAAAAAUCCCCCGAGUUGUGAGAAUCAAAACGUUGUUUGUCAAAGUAAUUGGCGUUGUUUCUUCUGUGGUUGGAGGUCUUGCUGUUGGCAAGGAAGGACCUAUGAUUCAUUCUGGUGCUGUGGUAGCAGCAGGAAUCUCUCAAGGAAAGAGUACAACAUUUGGAAGGGAUUUCAAAAUUUUUCACUUCUUUAGAGAGGAUCAUGAGAAGAGAGACUUUGUUUCCGGGGGUGCUGCAGCUGGAGUUGCAGCUGCUUUUGGUUCUCCUGUAGGUGGCGUCCUGUUUACUUUGGAAGAGGGGACAAGUUUCUGGAACCAGAGCCUGACUUGGCGUGUGUUUCUAUCUGCAAUGGUUAGCACGUUUACGCUCAACAGCAUUCUAAGCAUGUACCAUGGAUAUCCAGCGCAGCUGUGGGUUGCUGGUCUUUUAAGCUUUGGAAAAUUUCCUGAUAUUCCAUAUUCAAGGUUUGAACUCUUCAUUUACAUGGGUAUGGGACUUGUAGGUGGUCUUUUUGGCGCUCUGUUCAAUUACAUCAACUACCACCUGACAGUUUUCAGAAUGAGGUACAUUAACAAUAAGUUAUCGAUGAAAGUUUUGGAAGCUGCUCUUGUUGCUGCAACAACUGCCACUGUUGGAUUUGCGAUGAUAUAUUUUCUCAAUGAUUGUCGGCCCCUUGGCCAGGAUCCAACUAAAUUCCCUAUUCAGGUCUUUUGUGGGGAUGGUGAAUACAAUGCAUUGGGGGCCCUGUGGUUCCAAACACCAGAGACAAGUGUCAAGUCACUCUUUCAAGAUCCACCUGGGUCCCAUAAAGUGACAUCUUUGAGUCUAUUUUUUGUCCUAUAUUUCCUGCUUUCCAUCUGGACGUAUGGUUUAAGUUUGUCUGCUGGACUGUUUAUUCCAUCUUUGUUAACUGGAGCUGCUUGGGGGCGACUGACUGGCAUGGGCCUUAUGUGGCUUUUUCCAAACCAGAGUUGGAUUGACCUCAGAAAGUACGCUUUGAUUGGAGCAGCAGCUCAGUUAGGUGGUGUUGUUAGGAUGACCAUCAGCCUUACUGUUAUUUUGAUUGAGGCAACUGGCAACAUUGCAUUUGGCCUCCCUCUCAUGCUCACUUUAAUUUGCGCCAAGUGGAUGGGUGAUUUUUUCAAUGAGGGUAUUUAUGACAUUCACAUUAUGCUUGCUGGAGUCCCUUUGUUAUCAUGGGAUCCUCCUCCUUUGUCCCAUGACAUUUAUGCUAGUGAAAUUAUGAGCCAUCCAGUGGUUGUCCUGCGCACCACAGAAAGAGUUGCAAGAAUAGUUCAGAUACUGACUGCUGAGACUCAUAAUGGUUUCCCUGUUGUUGACCCAGGCCAUGAACUACAGAGUGAGAAGAUUUCCUUUGGAAAACUCAGGGGUCUUAUUCUUAGACAUCAAUUAAUUGUUCUUCUUCAAAAUAAAAUAUUCAAUGAACGGAUGGAUCUGUGGGAUUCAAAAAAUCUUGAAGUGGCAUUAAAACUAUUUCGCAAUGAGUAUCCCAGAUACCCGCACAUACAGGAUAUAAGUCUUUCUUCUGCAGAAAUGCGCUGCACUGUGGACUUGAGACCAUUCAUGAACUCGUCCCCUUACACUGUCAUACAUUCUAUGACACUACCAAGAGUCUUCAGGAUUUUUAGGGCAUUGGGUCUUCGGCAUUUACCAGUAAUUGAUGAUACAAACCAGGUUGUUGGAAUGGUUACUCGGAAAGAUCUUGUUCGGUAUCGGGUCCAUCAUCAUAAUGGUCAUAUGACCAGAGAAGAGUUGAAGAUAUCAGAAAAAAUAUAAGUUGUGUAUUUUAACUCUUAUCACUGCUAGGAGUAACGAAAGAGAAAGAUGUACCAUAGCCAACUCUUUCUCCAAACCAAUGUGAUAAUAAAUUAAUCAAUUUUAUAAUUUACAUUUAUAUAUGAAUCUAUCAAUAGAAUAUUUUUUACACAUAUGAUGGAA